GAGCGGAGGGAGCCGCGCGAGAGGGAGACUCGCGCCGGCAGACGGCCACAGGCUCGGCCCCUCUUCUCCCUCAGGCUGAGGGGGAGAAAAGAAAGCUUCGGCGGGAGAGGCUGCUCGCCUCCUCCGCCGCCGGCGAGGCUGCCAUGAGGCGGCGGCAGAAGUGAGCCUCCGCGGCGGCAAAAGCAUUAGGGUUUGGUGGCUGUCCUCCGCCCAGCAGGAGGAGAGUGGGAGGCGGGCGAGGCAGCGGGGGCAGCAGCGCUGACGGGGGGCGGCCAUGAUGAAGUGAGCCGCUCGCCUCCUCUCCUGCCUGAGGCCGCGAAGAAACGGGCGACUGAGGAGGGGGACGCGACAACAUGGCCAAUGACAGCGGUGGGAGUGGCGGCGGCAACGGCACCAGCGGAGCCGGCCAAGGUGGUGGCGGCGGCGGCAGCAGUAGUAGUGGUGGCGGUCACAGCAAUAGCUGUGCCAGCAGCGAGCGGGACCGCCAGUAUUGCGAGUUGUGCGGGAAGAUGGAGAACCUGCUGCGUUGCGGGCGCUGCCGCAGCUCCUUCUACUGUAGCAAAGAGCAUCAGCGGCAGGACUGGAAAAAGCACAAGCUCAUCUGCCGGGGGAGCGGCAGUAGCGCCGCGGCGGCGGGAGGGGGCGCUGCCGAGCACAGAAGCGGCGGCGACCAGGGCCACAGCCGCCAGCAGCAUGCCUUAGGAGGAAGAGGAAGAGGGGACGGCGUGGAGGGGGCGGCGGCGGCGACAACCACGAAGGCCACGGCGCUACUAGCCAAGCCGCCGCGGGUGGACACCGACUCGGAGGAGAACGCGGCGGCGGCGGUAACGAAUAACCACGUUGCCAAAGUGGCGUCAGAGGCCCAGGAGCAGGAAGAAGACGGCAAGGAAGCGGCAGUGGCUGCGGCAGCUCCGGCCAGGGAGGCGGGGCUCCUCUACCGGGAUAAAUCCAACUUGACUGGAGAGGCGUCCUUGCGCCCCAACGGACAGAUGAAGUCGCUGGUUCCUCAGCGGCUAGCGCUGGAGUACAUCGUGCCGUGCAUGAACAAGCACGGCAUCUGCGUGGUGGACGAGUUCCUGGGCAAGGAGCUGGGCGGGCAGAUCGAGCAGGAGGUGCGCGCUUUGCAUCACACCGGCCGCUUUACCGACGGGCAGCUCGUCAGCCAGAAGAGCGAUUCCUCCAGGGACAUCCGCGGCGACAAAAUCACCUGGGUCGAAGGCAAGGAGCCCGGCUGCAAGACUAUCGGGAAGCUCAUGAACAGUAUGGACGAUCUCAUUCGCCACUGCAAUGGCAAGCUGGGCAACUACAAAAUCAACGGCAGGACGAAAGCAAUGGUGGCUUGUUAUCCAGGCAAUGGAACAGGAUAUGUGCGUCAUGUUGAUAAUCCGAAUGGAGAUGGAAGAUGUGUCACAUGUAUAUAUUACCUUAAUAAAGACUGGGAUGCCAAGGAAAGUGGAGGUAUUCUUCGAAUAUUUCCAGAAGGCAAAGCCCAGUUUGCUGACAUUGAACCUAAAUUUGAUAGACUGCUGUUUUUCUGGUCUGACCGCCGCAACCCUCAUGAAGUGCAGCCUGCAUUUGCUACAAGGUACGCAAUAACAGUGUGGUAUUUUGACGCAGAUGAAAGAGCCCGAGCUAAAGUAAAAUACUUAACAGCAGGUGAAAAAGGUGUGAGGGUUGAACUUAAUAAACCUUCUGAUUCAAAUGGGAAAGACCUUUUAUAAAGCCUUUGAUCUAGCAAUUCCUUAUGCUACAUCCUGGCUCGUUUCCUCCCAUCCCCAAACAGUUGUUGGCACUGUUUAUUAACUUUUGAAUGUGAAUAAUGAGAUAAAGGAAAAUCAACGCCAAAUCAACAUUUGGAAUAAACAAAUAAAUAAUGGGUUUCAAUGUUGCAUCAAACGGAUUUCUAACUGCUGAAGCAUUGUACUACAUGAUUGUGACUCCAAUCCUGUGACUGCUUAUAUGAAGAUAAGCAUUGGGAAGAAACAACUUACACAUAAAGUGCCCUACAUAGAAGUUUUCUAUCCUUCAUAUUUUGCCAUUCAGUCAUCUAUCUCAAUGUUAUUCAUCUCCCCCUUUUUAAAAAUUUGGUGAAAGUUUGAAUUUUAAAUAAAUUUUGUAUAACUUGGUCCAGCUGAUCAAAAUUGAGCGAAACAAACAUUCUCCAAAAUAGCUUUUAUCUAUUUUUGUAAAUGUGCUGUUCACACUGUUAUCCUACAAUGCAAAACCUAAUUUAAAUAAGAAUUGCCAGUAAAUGAUGAUCACUUUGUCUUUUCACCUAAAGUCCGAAAAGGAGCACUUUAAUUACCAUCUAAGAACCUGAUUGUUUUUAUGUUCAUAUCUUACACUAAUUUGAUUUAAAAAAAAAAAAAGAUUGCUGCUGUAUUGUGUCUCUGAAACUUUUUUUAAACUGAAACAGAUGCCUAUCUUGCUGUCAAUUACUUUCUUAAACUUGUAGUUUUAUAUGUUGAAUCCAGAGAGCAAGCAUUCUGUAUCUAUCUCAUUUGGGUUUUCUAAGUGACUAGCUGGCACUAAGUGAACUUGACGCUAUCUGUACUGUCCUUGAUGUUGAAAACUGUGGGUGUGAUCCACUGGGAACUUUAUCUGUAAAAGUGAUUUGACAGGAUUGAAAAUCAUUCAGCUGUGCUCUCGUUCAUCUGCUUUUUUCAGUGGAGCUUGUGCAGGUGAAUUGCCAGGUGGAGUCUGCCCAUAAGUACCAUCAGAACCCUAUAAUAUAAGGGCUUUUCUAGGCUUUUAGAUGUACCAACACCCUUUCUACUACCUUGAUGGGAGAUCUCAGUCUUGACGCAUUUUUAAACUUACUUUCCACUACUGUAUGUAAGGUAAUGCAACUAAAAAUCAGAGGUGGUUACUCUUAAAGCAGUAGUAUCCCUUCUCAUUUGCAGUUUUGCCCCAUAGUCCUUCUCUAUAUAGUGCCAUGGGUGUGUUAAAUUCAUUAAGACUGAAGUGCAUCACUGCAGGCUUAAUAUGUAAAAGUUUUCAUACUGCUGAGAAAUUUUAGCAUUGGCCUCAGAUCAAUAUGAAGAUGUUUUUGACAAGGAAAAAAGUUCUUUAAGGUGAGGAAGCAAUAGAGAAUAAAGUUCAUUCAACCAGAUACUUCAAAAUUGUUGUUUGAAGACAUGGGUGUAUGCUCAAAAGUAACCCCCUGAAGGGAAGCUACUGUAUCCUACCAGCCUUAUAAACAUGAGCCUUCCCACUUAAACGUUCCAUCAGCUGUCCCUUGAUUCCCUCAAUCAAAAUAAUGUGAGUGCACAGAAGUAUUUCUGUAUGUACAACAUUGACAAUUUUAGCAUCUGUAUAGUUUGUACUCUUAUUAGAGACCUUUUCUAUGGAAAGCUCAGUAAUUUUUAUUAAAAAAAAUAGCUUACUAUUCAUGUAAAACAUGAAAGAACGGAUUGUGUUUAGUGACAACUGACAGAAUGGGGGGAAGUCAAUAUUGUGAUAGCAUACUAGGGGAACUUGUGACAAAAGUCUUCGGUUUUUUUGUCAUCCCCUCCUCCCCCCAAAAAAAGAUUAGCUGUCAAAACUUUUAAUAGUUUGGUUCUUCUCUUCAUCCUGGUAAAUCAGAAGAAAACACAUCUACUGUAAGUGCCUCUGCAAGCCUGACCAAGGAGUGUAAAUCAUCUUUACUGGUCUGCAGUGCAAUGCACUGUCUUAGGCCUAAGAAAUGCCAUUUCUAACUUUUAACUGCUUUUGUAUUAUGUUUAAUGUGUUAGAAAUGCAAAACAUAAGCCUUUACAUUUUUGUUUGUCCUUCUGUUCAAAGUAUCAAUGUCUUACAUUUGUGCUUGCUGGGGAGAGAUAAAAUGUGCUUAAAUCUCUCAAUUUGUUAUUUACAAAAGGUCACCAAUCUGGAUCUUCUAAUGCCCAUUUAGAAACUGUUCAUGUCAGUUAAAUCUUCAGCUCUGGCCGUUACCAAGCAGGAACCUGUUUCAGCCUAUUUUUAAACUGUCUUAUGGCCUGUAUAUGUGUUUAGUCCUGGUUUAAAGAUAAAGCUUCAUAAUGCUAUUUUUAUUUCAUGACAUUAGCCAGCUGUAAAACACAAGACUUUUAUCUAGCAGGCAAAGAAAUUCAGGAUUCAUUUGCAGAUUUCCUAUAAAGUCAUGUAACUUUUGAAAAGCCGUGUUCAUUACUGAAAGAGCUCUCAAGUUGCUUGUAAAGCUAAUCUAAUUAAAAGAUGUAUAAAGGUUCUUGAAACA